CAUCUGGGAACCUUGAGACCGAGGCGCCUGAGGCGUGGGGGGGAAGUGUUUGCGAGCGCACUCGGCCUAAGCCCGGGUGAGGAUCCCGCCAGGACUUCUCGGCCCGCGUUAGCGCCAGGUCCUAGCCCCGGCGGGGCGUGACGUCAGCACUCCCUACGAGUCCCCUUCUCUUGGCGGCCGGACGUCACGUGCUUCUCUUUCCUGCAGCGGCUGUGGCGGCGGGGGUUGCAGAUGAGGAAACUGAGGCAAACAGUGAAGUGACUUGUUCAGCGUCACACAGCUAUCUUGUACCUAGAUACAUCUAGGUGAAAUGUUUAUCAAUCUGAAACCUGUCCAUAUGAACUUAUCAUUCCGACAUCUGGUUCAUGCUCUGGCCUAUUAUAGGCAGGGUUCCUUAAAACUCAAAAAACAUGCCCAUCUCAAGAACCAUCUACACACCUCUUCAGGAAAGAAUGCUCCAGUGUUCACCAGAGCUUUGGCAUAUGGGGACAAAAUAGCCCUAGUUGACCAUGGUGGACAGUACACGUACAAAGACCUUUACUAUAGUAGUGUUCGCUUGUCGCAGGAAAUAUGCAAGAUUCACAACUGUCUCAGUGGAGACAUUAAGGGAGAAAGGAUCUCCUUCAUCUGCUCCAAUGAUGUGUCUUACGUCAUCGCCCAAUGGGCAUCCUGGAUGAGUGGAGGCAUCGCUGUUCCUCUAUACAAGAAGCAUCCAGCCUCUGAGCUGGAGUAUGUCAUUCGAGACUCCCAGAGCUCUUUGGUCAUUGCUGGCAAUGAGUAUGUGGAUCUCAUAACCCCUAUUGUUACCAAGAUAGGGGUACCAUUUUUGCCCCUUCCACCCACAGUCUGUGGCAGAGAAGCAGAUGAGCCAACCAUAGAGCACACUCCCCAGUUAGAGUGGAGAGAUAGAGGUGCCAUGAUCAUCUACACAAGUGGGACUACAGGAAGACCCAAGGGGGUCCUAAGUACACAUCAGAAUUUAAAAGCGGUGAUCACUGGGCUUGUUGACAAAUGGGCAUGGACCAAAAAUGAUGUGAUUCUUCAUGUCCUUCCAUUGCACCAUGUCCAUGGUGUGGUCAAUAAGUUGCUUUGUCCACUCUGGGUGGGAGCUACGUGUGUUAUGCUACCUGAAUUCAAUGCCAAAGUGGUCUGGGAAAAGUUUCUAAGCUCUGAAAAGCCACGGAUCAAUGUUUUUAUGGCAGUACCUACCAUUUAUUCCAAAUUGAUGGAUUAUUAUGAUAAACAUUUUACCCAGCCUCAUGUCCAGGAUUUUAUACGUGCAGUCUGUGGAGAGAAAAUCAGGUUAAUGGUUUCCGGAUCCGCUGCCCUCCCAGUGCCUGUCCUAGAGAGGUGGAAGAAGCUCACAGGACACACUUUGCUGGAGAGAUAUGGGAUGACAGAGAUUGGAAUGGCACUGUCGAACCCAUUGAUGGGUACGCGUGUCCCAGGUGCUGUGGGUACUCCAUUACCUGGAGUAGAGGUAUGCAUUGUCUCUGAGAGCUCCAGGAAGGAGAACCACUCUUACUCCAUUCAUGCCCAAGGAGACCAGAAUGGAACUAAGGUGACUCCAGGUUCUGAGGGCAAGGAAGGGGAACUUUUGGUGAGAGGACCUACAGUAUUUCAAGAGUACUGGAACAAACCUGAAGAAACCAAGAAUGCUUUCACACCUGAUGGCUGGUUUAAAACAGGAGAUACAGCUGUGUUUAAGGAUAACAGGUACUGGAUCAUGGGCCGGACAUCUGUGGACAUCAUCAAAAGUGGGGGCUACAAAAUCAGCGCCCUGGAAGUUGAGCGCCAUUUACUGAGCCACCCUAGUAUCAUGGAUGUGGCUGUCAUUGGAGUUCCAGAUAUGACCUGGGGCCAGCGGAUUGCUGCUGUGGUCAAGCUUCGUGAAGGCCAAUCACUUUCUUACAAGGACCUGAAAGAAUGGGCGAGAGGAUGCAUGGCGGCCUACACCAUCCCUUCCGAGCUCCUGCUCGUUGAGGAAAUCCCCCGGAACCAGAUGGGGAAAAUCAACAAGAAGGAUCUGCUCAAGCAGUUCUACCCUGCUUAGACAAGCCCGAAGGCCAGCCUGCAGCGGAGGCCCGGGUGUCGGGGCCCUCCUGGGAUGGGACCUUGGGAAAAGGCGGCCGCCUGAGGCCUGCUGACACAGAAUCAAGCAGCACGUGGUUCUGGAUGUCACGUGGUGGGGCAGCGAUCAGAGGGCACGUGGCCCGUGUUCUUCACAAGUGCCGGCGCAUCGAAGGCAGAGCUCCGUGUAAAAGGGGGACCUCAGCCAGGGGGCUGCGCAGCGCUUCCCCUCCCUCCACGCUGCGCCUCUUCCCCGGCUCCGACGGCAGCUUCCAAGUGAAGUGAGUGCUCUGGAGUGGAGGACGCGUAUCCACCGGGUCUCCCGGGCCCUUAUAGCUAUAUCCGUUCAAAGAACUGAAUUAAAAAGGAACCAUGAAAACCAA